AUGAGAUUCCAGGUUCUUCUCACUGGCGCUGCCGCCCUUGCCAUUGGCGUCGCUGCUGGCCCCAGUAUGAACCCUCACAAGAUCCGUCAGGACCUCAACGACAGAGAUGGAGUCGACACUAUCAACACCGAGGCUAAGGACGCCAUCCUCCAUAGUCGCGAAUGCGACAUCGUCUGUCCCGUUAGCAAGCUCUGGUGCGAGUAUCGCCCUUACAACUACCGCUGCGAUAGUUCCGGCAAGCUCCGCUAUGAUCAACGCCACACCGACUGCGAAAAUGCGUCUUGGGGCUGCACCUGUGGCUGUGACUGGCGAGUCCCCGGUAUUGAGUCUAUAGAGGAGACGGUGGAAGCUUAG